GCUAGCUCGCCGCCGUCCGCCUCCUUCCCUGUGGGCAGGCAGCACCGCAGCAGUGUUGAGUCCAGCACCAGCACCAGAAGCAGAACCUUCCCUCUGUCGGUGGUCCGUCCGUCCGUUGAGGAGGGCAAGAAUGAAGGGCGGUAGGAAGAACCUGCGGCGCGCGUGCGGGGAGGGCACCGCGGUGACGCUGGCGGAGGGCGAGAGCAUCAUGCAGGUCGUCACGCUACGCGGCUCAAACCUCAUCGAGGUGACCGACGGCGAGGGCGUCAAGUCUCACAAGAGCUUCUGGAUCAAGAACGGGAAUUUCGUGGUUGUGGAUGCUAUUGGCAGGGACGAGGCUCUCGAAUCUGGAAGCAAGAUAGCCUGUGUCGUCUCACGCGUCCUCUUUCACGACCAGAUUCGCGCCCUCGAGAAAUCCGGCCAAUGGCCGGCUAUCUUCAAGUCAAGUCCCAAUGGGUGGGCGACAGGUCCACAAGGAACGACAUCACAGGCUGAGGAAGAGCACAACUCUGAUGAAGACGACGAUGAUCAUAUGCCGCCACUUGAGGCAAACACGAACAGAAAUAGACCGUUUGACGUGCAUUCCAAUACAGAAAGUGACUCUGAUUCUUGAACUGGUAGACGACUUGGGAAUAGUCAUCAUCCUAUGGUUACCGUCCACCUAAUGUAUUUAUGCUUGUCGAAUUUGGGCAUGACAUCAUAAACUUACGGCCCAAUCUGUCAAAGAUAUAGUAGUCAGUGCGUGCGUU